UGGCGCGACUGCAGCGGCACAUUCGCUCCUGCAUACACUUUUAUUUCCACGCCGAAUAACCCCCCCCCCCUCUCUCUCUCUCUCUCUCUCUCGCUCGCUCGCUCUCAAUCUCUCCGUAUAUUCCCUUUUUUCACGCUACGGAGAGAGAGAUUCGUGGAGGAUUUAAUUUUGAUUGCGAGAAGAAAGCAAACAGAGGAGGCUCGUCACGUCGGCGCAAACUGCAGUGAAAGGUCCUCAUAUUCAACAAUGUGUGGACGGGGCAGCGUGGCCUCGCUGUGCCUGGGGGCUUGCUUGCUCGUAGCCAACAUCGUCCUGGGUGCCAAAAGCACUGGGCAGGACAGCGAGCACAACACUACAGUGUUUACCAAGAUCCUAGACAGCCUUCUGGAUGGCUAUGACAACCGCCUGAGGCCAGGACUAGGAGAGCGUGUAACUGAAGUCAAGACUGACAUUUUCGUGACUAGUAUCGGGCCAGUUUCGGACCAUGACAUGGAGUACACCAUUGAUGUGUUCUUCAGACAGAGCUGGAAAGAUGAGAGAUUAAAGUUCAAGGGUCCCAUGGCCGUGCUGCGUCUCAACAACCUGAUGGCCAGCAAGAUCUGGACGCCCGACACAUUCUUCCAUAAUGGCAAGAAGUCUGUGGCGCACAACAUGACCAUGCCCAACAAACUGCUGCGCAUUACAGAGGAAGGCACCUUGCUCUACACCAUGAGGCUGACUGUGAGAGCAGAAUGCCCCAUGCACCUUGAAGACUUCCCAAUGGACGCCCAUGCCUGCCCACUCAAGUUUGGCAGCUAUGCUUACACCCAAGCAGAGGUGGUGUAUGUGUGGACCAAAGGUGCCGACCAGUCUGUGGUGGUGGCAGACGAUGGUUCAAGGUUAAACCAGUACGAUCUGAUGGGCCAGAGUGUGGAUUCUGGGGUGGUGCAGUCCAGCACAGGAGAGUACGUGGUGAUGACGACCCACUUCCACCUGAAGAGGAAAAUUGGCUACUUUGUGAUUCAGACAUAUCUGCCCUGCAUUAUGACAGUCAUCCUGUCGCAGGUGUCCUUCUGGCUCAACAGAGAGUCUGUCCCUGCCAGGACUGUCUUUGGAGUGACCACUGUCCUGACCAUGACCACCCUCAGUAUCAGUGCCAGGAAUUCCCUUCCCAAAGUGGCCUACGCCACCGCUAUGGAUUGGUUCAUCGCCGUGUGCUACGCCUUCGUCUUCUCGGCCCUCAUUGAGUUCGCUACAGUCAACUACUUCACCAAGAGGGGUUACGCCUGGGAUGGAAAAAGCGUGGUGCCAGAGAAGCAAAAGAAGAAGAAGGAGUCCAUGCUAAAAAAGAACAACACAACAGCGUAUCCGGCGGCCACUGCUACAGCCUUCGCUCCCAACAUUGCCAGGGACCCUGGAUUGGCCACCAUUGCCAAAAGCGCUCCUCCACCACCAACUGAGCCCAAGGAGGAGCCAAAGCCCAAGCCCCCAGAGGCCAAGAAGACCUUUAACAGCGUGAGCAAGAUAGACAGGAUCGCCAGAAUAGCCUUCCCUCUGCUCUUUGGAACCUUUAACUUGGUCUACUGGGCCACCUACUUGAAUAAGAAGCCCAAACUGCAGGGGAUGAAUCCACACUAAUCCAUUGUUUGCUCCUUUUCAAUUUUACCUAUAUAACUUUUAUUUUCUUUGGUAUUCCUCAAAAGAAAAAGAAAAGAAAAUGUGUUUAUUUUCAGACAAACAUGAUGUCCAUGCUGGUUUGAAUUCCCAGUCGUUGCAUUGCUUCUGUUUAUAUACAUUUUGAAGAUUUGGAAAAAAAAAAACAGAGACCAAAAAAUAAUUUAAAAAAAAACAAAAAACAAAAGAACAAGGGAUACAGAAUUUUAAAGGGUUGUUGUUCAGGUGUGGUAUGAUGCUUUUAAGAAAAUACUACCGUAAAUAUAUAGCCGAGAGGAGAAUGCUAUUCUCCAGUACACAGAGCCCAAUCUUGUCUUGGGCUUUCCUUUCUUUCUUCUUCUCAUUGUAUAUUUUGUUAUUUUGCAAGGUUCCAGUUAUAAUCUUUGCAGCGAGAGUCUCUAGAGUUAUUACCAUUUGAGUACAGAUAAAUAAAUAGAACAAAUGUGGUUUCGAAGAGGGA